AUGGCCCAGGAAAAAUCGGACUCGGUAGUACGCUUGCUGUCGUGUGCCCUUCACCGAAUCCGCACGACUCCUCCUCGCAUAAUUGCUUCGCCAGCAACUCAGCCUCGCCGGGCCGCUGUCGCCAUCAUUAUACGUGUAGUCCCUCCCCCCAAUACCGUCCCAGUCCCAGAUGACACCCCUCUUCCAACCUUAAACCAAUUCUUCGAAUUGGAUUGGGUCAAGGACCCUCUUGCAUGCCCAGAAUUUCUUCUUUUGAGACGUGAUGGCGCAGGCCCUUCUGACGCAGUUCCAGGGCGUGCAUCCGCAUUCCAGAACUUCACUGGCGAUGGGACUUCGAAAGGCAGUGGCAAGGCUGGAGCUCACGUUGCUUUCCCCGGCGGACGAACUGAAGAGGGGGAUGAAGGAGGUUCUUACACAGCCAUGCGGCAAACAUGGGAGGAGAUUGGCUUGGACCUUGCAGAGCGUGACUUCCUUUGUAUAGGUCAACUCGAUGAUAGAGAGAUUACUACAUCGCUUGGCAAGCGACUCCUCAUGAUUCUCUCUCCUUUCGUCUUCCUGCAGCUCACUCCAAAUCCACUCCCCACCGACCCAACGGACGGAACCACGAUCCACUGGGUACCACUUGAGACUCUUGCUAGCGCAGUUUUGCCAGGAAGUAUAGUCGACAAGAUGAACGCAAAGAGCAGGUGGUCCAGCGUGACCGUGGAUGCUGCGUCCAGGCUCACACCUCGACGUGCCGCCAUCUUGAAAAUAUUAGUCAGGGUUCUCAUAGGCAGCAUGCAGUUCCCCGCCAUAUUACUCGAUCUUCCAGAGUCCGACGCAAUACCAGGCUCAUCCACAAGCUCGAGUAAUUCUGCUGCACUCCCAAAUCGCGCACCAUACCCUCCACUGACGCAGGACAAGCUCGAAAAAGGAUUCACCGCUACCAAGUCGCUUUCAGGGAAGGACCGAAAUAAGUCGCGACAUCAACUCAAGCUAUGGGGCCUUUCCCUUGGCAUGACUCUCGACUUGAUGGCGACCAUGAUACCACCCCCGUCACCUCUCAAUCAACAGUUGGCAUCUCAAGAUUUGCAAAAAGUCUCCUUGCCUAGUCUGCACCUGCCCUUCCAUCCUGUAGGGGGUGAAGGGAUGCGCAUUGAUGCUGUUGCACCCAGCCUAGCUAGUGUCUUCCCUCGUUUCUCCUAUCCGGAUGUCAACUUCUGGAUCUGGGUUUUUGGAAAGCGUUAUCGUGAAGUUGUGCGUGGAUGGGAAGCCAGUGUACGCGAAGGAGGCUCUAAUGUUCGACGGGUCAACUGGUCGGGCACAGCACUGAAUACAUUCUACGCUGCGGUUCGCAAGGCUUUACUCGUAGUCUUGGUUCUUCGUGCGAUUGGUGUGCUGGUCGGUCUUGUAUUUGCUGGAUGGUGGGUGUUUGCAUGA